GGGCUGACGGCACAUGCAGCAGGCUGCUGGCGGCAGUCAGACACCAUGCUUGUGUUGGUUGCCAUGGCAAAGCAGUUUGCGCUGCGCACUGAGUACCACCAGUGGAUGAUCGACCUGGCAUUUCUGCCUGCAUUGCUCGGUGUCGCACGCCACGUAUCGGCCGCCAGCAGCAGAAGAAAACGCAACGGAGGUGGCGAAUCCGCAGAUGGUGCAGCUGCUGGAGCUGGGUGCCGUCGAUGUCAUCACUGCGUGUGUCCGCCAGAAUGA